CACGUAUUCAACCAAAAAUUAGAAUUAGUAGCAGAGUGAGAGGGUAGGUAGUAGAGUGGUUAAUAGAGAGAGAGGGUAGCGACUUUGUUAAAGAAGUGCUGAGACGUUUCUUUUACGCUUCAAGAUUUUGAGAAAAGUUUGGGUUUUUUUUUUUCCGACGCCAAACGCCAUGGACGCCACCUCAUGCUCCGGGGUUCUUCCCCAAAUGAAGCUUUCCCAUUCGGAUCAUAAAUUAUCGAUUGGCAGGUCGUGCUCUUACUCGAGAUCGCUUGGGUUUGACUCUUGCCUUUCAUCCAAGAGAUUGCGACUUCCGAAACAGCUCACGGUUUCGUGCUCUACGCCAAGCGAUAAAGGAGACAUGUUUGGGGUAUCACAUUCUUGUAAGAAAAGCCCUGUUGGGGAAACAUUAUGUCCUGCGGGUGUAUACACUUACGCUGGAACUGUAGAAUCUCAUUCCCAUACUGCGGAAGAGAAAGUGGGAGUCCUCCUCCUCAAUCUAGGAGGACCAGAGACGCUUCAUGAUGUUCAACCAUUUUUGUUCAAUCUAUUUGCGGAUCCGGAUAUCAUCCGGCUCCCAAGGUUGUUUCAGUUUCUCCAGCAACCAUUGGCAAAAUUAAUUUCUGUGCUUCGAGCUCCCAAAAGCAAAGAAGGGUAUGCUGCUAUUGGAGGUGGUUCACCGUUGCGAAAAAUAACAGAUGAGCAGGCAAAUGAACUCAAAAAGGCUUUGAAGUCAAAAGACUUGCCUGUAAAUGUUUAUGUGGGAAUGCGUUACUGGUACCCAUUCACUGAGGAAGCAGUUCAGCAAAUUAAGAAAGACAGAAUAACCAGGCUUGUUGUCUUACCUCUAUAUCCUCAAUUUUCUAUCUCUACAACUGGAUCAAGCAUUCGUGUGCUCCAAGAUAUUUUCAGGAAAGACGCCUACCUAUCAAGGAUGCCUGUUUCUAUUAUAAACUCAUGGUAUCAACGUGAAGGCUAUAUUAAGUCAAUGGCUGAUUUGAUUUCCAAAGAGCUAGAAAUUUUUUCUGAGCCUGCACAGGUCAUGAUAUUCUUCAGUGCCCAUGGGGUACCAGAGAGUUAUGUGAAGGAUGCUGGAGAUCCAUACAAAGAUCAAAUGGAGGAGUGCAUCUUCUUAAUAAUGAAAGAGUUGAAAUCUAGAGGGAUCCACAAUGAACAUACUCUUGCUUAUCAGAGCCGAGUUGGUCCUGUACAAUGGCUGAAGCCCUACACUGAUGAAGUUCUUGUGGAGCUUGGCCAGAAAGGUGUGAAAAGUCUGCUAGCUGUUCCAGUCAGCUUCGUGAGUGAGCACAUAGAGACUCUUGAAGAGAUUGAUAUGGAGUACAAGGAAUUGGCCCUUGAAUCCGGAAUUGAGAAUUGGGGCAGAGUGCCUGCCCUUGGCUGUACUCCUUCGUUUAUUAUGGAUCUGGCAGAUGCAGUAAUUGAAGCCGCACCACUGGCAACACCCAUGUCAACCCCAAGAACUAUCUCAGAAGAAGUUGAUCACGACCCUGCUAGAUAUGCUAUCAAACUGUUCUUUGGUUCCUUCUUGGCGUUCAUUUUGUUUUUUUCACCCCAAAUGAUAAUGGCAUUUAGGAACCACCUUAUUUAAAGGAUAUUACGAUAUUUUACUACCCAAUAUUAUACUGGCUUUCUCGUACAACACGGAUAGAUAAAAGGCAAAAGAUCCCUCCUCUUAACAUCUUUAAGAGAGAAGUUUUGUAUUUAGGCCUUUAUCCAGGAUAUGUAUUUUUUUUUUUUAAUAUUCUUUUUGUAAUAAUUUUGGUGAACGUUGCUCUGAUUCAUGAAGGCAUAGAUUCUGAA